CAGAGGAGCCUGAGACCCCCAGGAGCCAGCCCAGCCCAUAUCCGGAGAAGUGAACUCAAACUGACUAUCUUCCAAGAAACUUGAGGAAUGUUCUAAGCCAGGUGUCAAUCAGGACCAUGAACCCCAACUUUGACACAGACAGGCAGACUGUUCCAGGUCUCCAUCCAUGAACCCCAUACUCCUGGCUCCCUGGCUCAUCCCCCGAGGAGGAGAGAAAGGAAAAUGCCAGCCUCUCCAUCAGAUGAUUGGAGACGAAUCUGGACAUCCACAGGCAUGAACGAGUUAAGAGGCAGAGCCAGUUACCCCAGCCUGCCCCUCCCAGGGAUUAAGAGCGCUCUCUAUAAAGGGGACUGUCCACUCAGGCCAGUCCAGGGGCUUAUUAGGGACCCAGGCACUGUGCCCACUCCCCAUUGCCAUGUGGGAACUUCGGUCUGCCUCCUUUUGGAGGGCUAUAUUUGCCGAGUUCUUUGCCACCCUCUUCUAUGUCUUCUUUGGACUGGGAGCCUCGCUGCGUUGGGCCCCUGGACCCCUACAUGUCCUGCAAGUGGCUUUGGCCUUUGGCCUGGCCCUGGCUACACUGGUGCAGACUGUGGGUCACAUUAGUGGAGCCCAUGUCAAUCCUGCAGUCACCUUUGCCUUCCUUGUGGGCUCCCAGAUGUCCUUGCUCCGUGCCUUCUGCUAUAUGGCAGCUCAGCUUCUGGGGGCUGUGGCUGGAGCGGCUGUACUCUACAGUGUCACCCCGCCAGCUGUCAGAGGAAACCUAGCACUCAACACGUUGCACGCUGGGGUCAGUGUGGGCCAGGCCACCACUGUGGAGAUCUUCCUGACGCUCCAGUUUGUGCUCUGCAUCUUUGCUACAUAUGACGAAAGGCGGAAUGGUCGCAUGGGCUCCGUGGCCUUGGCUGUUGGCUUCUCCCUCACCCUGGGGCACCUCUUUGGGAUGUAUUACACUGGUGCAGGGAUGAAUCCUGCCCGCUCCUUUGCUCCGGCCAUCCUCACCCGGAACUUUAGCAAUCACUGGGUGUACUGGGUGGGCCCCAUCAUUGGAGGGGGCCUGGGCAGCCUCCUCUAUGACUUCCUCCUCUUCCCCCGGCUCAAGAGUGUUUCUGAGAGACUUUCUAUCCUCAAGGGAGCCAGACCUAGUGACUCCAACGGACAGCCUGAGGGUACAGGGGAGCCUGUGGAACUGAAGACUCAGGCCCUGUGAAACAUCCAGGGGGAAAGAGGAGUAGAACGAGUCUGGGUUUCAAGGAGGGGCCAAGCCAGACCUUGGAUGAAGAAAGAGACUGUGGGGAGGGGCAUGUACUUCUUUAUUUUUUAACUUAUGUGUGUUUUUCAAUUUUUUUUUCUCUUUUGCUGUGUGAAAUCUUUCAAGUUGCAUUCACGAUCUGGUUGGUGCAAACUUCCCUUCCUCCCCACCCCAACUACCUUCGCCGUGUGCGUGACUGUUCAUAUGAAUGUGGGUGCGUGCGUGCGGCUGUGUCUGAGUUUGGGGACACACAGAUAGGGAACGGAAAAGAGGUGUCAACAUGUUAUGUCCCUCCCCAGCGUUUACCCUGCUUCCAGUCAAGUCUACGGAUCUUGAUUUUUGAAGGAUCAGGGGAGUGAGUCACUCCUCUCAGCAAGCAAGCAGACAGACAGACAGACAGACAGACAGAAAGGGGGAGGCAAGG